UUCACAGUUUCGAAAGCACUAGUAUGUCAAAACACUCGAGGCGUGGGUGUCAAACUAUCCCUAAUGUAAACAUCAGUAAAAUUCACAGAAGGCUUUUGGACUAUGGGCACGGGUUUCGACAGAAUCGCUCUGCUUUGUGUUUUUCUUCUUAAUGGGACUUUGCGUUCAGCUCAAGCAGAGAAACACUCGCUGUAUUACAAUUACACAGCCUUGUCUAAACCUGUGGAUCUGCCGGGCAUCUAUGAAUUCACUGCUAUGGGUCUGCUGGAUGACACACAGAUCGACUAUUACAAUAGUGAAGAAAAGAGAAAGAUUCCCAAACAACAGUGGAUGAAAGAGAAACCGCCGGAGGAUUACUGGGAAAAAGGCACUCAGUCCAGAAAGAGUAAAGAACAGUGGUUUAAUGUGAACGUCCAUAUUCUGAUGAGCUGCAUGAGACACGAUGAAUCAGAUCUUCAUGUUCUUCAGUGGAGACACGGUUGUGAAGUUGAGAAGCAGGGAGCUGAUGUGAAGUUUUCUGGUGGCUUUUAUCAGUUAUUCAGUUAUGAUGGAGAAAACUUCUUGUCUUUUGAUGUUAAAGAGUCUCAAUGGGUCGCUCCAGUUGUUGCAGCUCUACCAACCAAGAGAAAAUGGGACAAUGUGCCGAUCCUAAACCUAUACACCAAAGGAUACCUGGAGAAAGAGUGUUUGGACUGGCUCAACAAAUUCAGAGAAUAUGGAGACAACCAUGAUGGAUCCUUCCAGAUGAGGAAGAGUGUGGAGAUCAAGGAGGGGGAUGAAAGAGCAGUAUAUUAUUCUCCUCCAGAUGUUCAUAUGUUUGCAAAAAGGUAUAUCAAGUACAAAACCAGGCUGAAACUCACCUGUAUGGUCACUGGCUUCAACCACAAAAACCUGAUGAUGAAAAUUAGGAAAUAUAACACAUCUCUGCCUGAACAUGAGACCAAAUCCACAGGAAUCAGACCAAACCAUGAUGGAUCUUUCCAGAUGAGGAAGAGUCUGGAGAUCAAGGAGGGGGAUGAAAGAGCAGUAUAUUAUUGUUUGGUGUCUUACAAAUCCCUCAAAGAACCAAUUAUCAACAUAUGGGAUGGAAAAUGCUGGGACUGCCCGCCAGAGACUCCCACUGGAGCAGUGAUUGGAGCAGGGAUUGGAGCAGUCAUUGGAGCAGUGAUUGGAGCAGUCAUUGAAGCAGUGAUUGGAGCAGUAAUUGGAGCAGGGAUUGGAGCAGGGAUUGGAGUUGUGCUUGUGCUGGCAGCUUUUGGUUUAGUGGUUUUCAAAAGGAUUGAUGGACAAGAAAGCAUUGGUGAAAUAUCAGACUUCAAAGCAACUAGCUCUCAGGAGGAUCUUUACCCACAGAUCCCUGCAGAGAAGAUGGCAUCUGUUCCAGAGCAGCUUCUGCAAGUCCUGGAUGAUUUGGACAGUUACAAUCUAAAGAGGUUCAAGUGGUAUUUGAAACAACGUGGGUUAGUUUCAGCCUCUCUCCUUGAGAAUGCAGAUAACAUUGACAUAGUGGAUCAGAUGGUGAAUAGUUUUGAACAAAACGGAGCUUUGGAGCACACAGUGGACAUCCUGAAGAUGAUGAAUCAAAACCAGCUUGCUGAAAAGUUAAUUAAAAACUACAAGGUAUUGAAAUGAAAAAUAUAUAUUUAAAUAGUGAUGAAGUUUUAAUAUAAUAUAGUUGCAUAUAUUUUUGUAUGACAGAGAUUUUAUUGAACCCAAGCUUUUGUUAUAUGAACUCUUGUUUCCUGUUUUGUCCUGAUAUUCCCUAAUGUUUCCUAAGAUAUAUUGUAGGGGUGUAACGAUACGCUCAGGUCACGAUACGGUACGUAUCUCGAUACGGAGUUCACGAUACGAUACGUAUCACGAUAUUUUGAACAAAAUGAAACUGAAAUUCAAACAAGAUUUAUUAAA